GCUCCCUUCAAAUAAACAAACUUCCUCGAAAAUCCUCACUUCUCUGAUCUCUCUACUACCAAAACAGAGUCCAAUACUCCAAUUAUUAUCUACCCAAAGUUCAACAAGAGAAACUCCUGAUUCCAAUGGGUGCCGAGAAAGACGGAGGAGGGAAGGGCGAAGGCGAGAAGAAGCCCGCUCCGGCGGCCGGCGGUGGAGAGAAGAAGGACGACGGCGGAGGGAAGGUCGUCUCCGUCUACAAGAUGGACAUGCAUUGCGAGGGAUGCGCGAAGAAAAUCCGGCGCGCUCUCAAGCAAAUGGAGGGUGUGGAAGACGUGAAAACGGACUGUUCGUCCAACAAACUGACGGUGACCGGGAAGGUGGAUCCCGGCCGGGUGAAGGCCAGAGUGGAGGAGAAAACCAAGAAGAAGGUGGAUAUUGUCUCGCCCCAGCCUAAGAAGGAAGGCGGCGGUGGUGGUGGAGGCGGCGGCGCACCUCCCGCCGGCGAGAAGAAGGGAGGAGGAGGCGGCGGCGAGAAAGCAGAGAAGAAGGCGGAGGAGAAAAAACCGGAGGAGAAGAAACCGGCUCCACCUAAAGAGAGUACCGUUGUGCUGAAGAUCAGAACCCACUGCGACGGAUGCAUCCACAAGAUGAAGAAGAUCAUCCUCAAGAUCAAAGGCGUUGCCAGCGUGGCAGUUGACGGAGCCAAGGACUUGGUAACGGUGAAAGGUACGAUGGACGUUAAGGAGCUGGCUCCUUACCUGAGGGAGAAGCUCAAGCGGACGGUGGAUGUUGUCCCGCCACCGGCUGAGAAGAAGGACGCCGCCGCCGCCGCCGGCGGUGGAGGAGGCGAGAAGAAGGAUAAUAAGGAGAAAGGGAAAGAAGGAGGAGGAGGCGGCGGUGGUGGUCAAGCGCCGAAGGGAGAGAAGAAGGAAGGUGACGGCGGCGGGAAGAAGGUAGAUGCCGCGGCUGCUCCCGCCGGCGGCGGCGGCGGCGGAGGAGCAGCGAAGGUGGAGGUGAACAAGAUGGAGUACUACGGUAGCUACCCGCCGGCGGCGGAGUCUAGCUACUGGGCCGGCGAGGGGUCGUACGGGCAGAGCAGCUACUACGUGGAGCCACGUCAGCAGAUGCAACACUACGCGAUGGAGCCGCAGUACGCCCAGCACGGGUACGCGCCGAUGAUGAUGAACGCCGCCGUCGGCGGCGGCGGGUACGGUGGCUACGGGCACCAUCAGGAGCCGUACAUGAUGGGGCCGCCGGCGCCGGCGGGGUACCCGAUGAUGGUGGGGCCACAGCACCCCGGCCACGCGCCUCAGUUCUUCAGCGACGAGAAUCCCAACGCCUGCUCCUUGAUGUGAUCGAUCGUCGGACGGCGAAAGAAGGAUUUAAAAAAAAAUUAAAUUGUGAAUAUUAAUAAUGGAAAUUUAAAAGUUGUACGUAAUAGGGAAGAAGAAGAAGAGUACAUACGGACACUUCUAAAUGAAGAUGAGUAGUACGAAUUUUGGGAUCAUCGAGGGACAUGGAUUAAUUAGACAGAAAUUAGAGGGUAACUAGAAGGUUAAUUAUUAUUAUUAUUAAAUGAUGGCGACCGGCCGGCGAUCUGGUGACCGGCCAUCCUGUCGUGGCCGGUGAAGCCGGUUCAGCUGUUGUUGAAAUGUUGCCGUUUUGUUUUCUUUAUUGCUGUCAUUAUAAAGUAAUGAAUUAAUUAAUCACCAAGUUGUUAUUUGUCGUGACGGAAUUCAGAAUUUUGUAAUGACUCGAUUAAUGGGAGGGAUGAUGGUAAUGAUAACGAUUAUUGGAUAAAAUAAUA